UCAACUCUUCUUCCUCUUCUUCUUUUCUUUUUUCCCUGGCUACAUUGGGCUCAUAGCUGACGAGGAUCAAGAAGCUCUCAGCUGGCAGACAUGUCAUUGCACUUCGACAUGUCUGGGAGGCCAUUUCGGAGGCCUCUGCGGCACAAUUUUUUGAUUUUCCAUCCUCCUCUAGUAGGAUCUUGUAUUGUCGUGCAUUUGACCUCAGUUGGAGGUCGGGCUGGAAUCAGGAGUCAAAAAAGGGUAUGUGAACACUCACCACACUGUGCGACGCUCAAGCUGACCCCAGACAUAUCCUCAGGUUCCUAUGCGUCGUCGUCACCGAUGCGUCGAGGUGGUCUUGCAGCGUGCUCGGUCAGCGAGGUCGAUAUGUCUGCUGGUGAGUAUGAUUCUAGCCAGCGUGAAUCCAACCACUAACCAUGAAGACAUCUCGUUACGAAUACACGUUUGGUUGUCGCAGCUCUGGUCCUUGUCGAUUGUUAGUAAGCGGGUGAGUGGGUGGUGCAUGGUGACUGAAGGUUGGACAUAAAUGUGAGGAGCGUGGAGACAUGUAGAUAG